CGCACACACACACACACACACACAGGCUUUGGUUGACUAUCCCCGUGGGGACAGUCCAUAGGCGUAAUGUUUUUAUACUGUACAAACUGUAUAUUCUAUCCCCUAUCCCUAACCCUAUCCCUAAACCUAAAGAUCAUAGAACACUUUUUGCAUUUUUAGAUUUGUAAAAAAUAUUGUUCUGUACAAUUUAUUAGCUUUUGUGCCCAUGAGGACCUCAAUUUUGGUCCCCACAGUGACACGAGUCCCCAUGUGUUGGUGUGUAUUCAGGUUUAGGUCCCCACCGGGAUAUACAAACAUGAACACACACACACACACACACACACACACACACACACAUUGAACAGCAGAGCUGACUUUGUUGUGUUGUAAGCGAUGUUUCUAUAUCUAACGAUAUCUGGCGAUCAACUCAUUCUUUUCAUCUCAUCUAAAAAGCAUCAUCAUGAAUGUUUUAGGAUUUUGUUUCGAAAAAGUCUUUCUUUUGAAAUGUUUCAGUCGUGUUUCACAGAGAAUCCCAUCACAGGCAGAACGCUGAUUUACAUCGACUGCUCCAGUUUACCGCGCAACUUCCAGCAUGUGAAGAUGAUCUCAGCUCACAUUAGAGAGCGAAGUGUGGCAGACGGCCCUGAAGAUGACAUGACAGUUUUUCUCAAGAUGAAGAGCCACACCGGCCAGCGAGCAGAAUCCAUCACCUACGACCAGAUCAAAAACAUAUGUCUGAAGUGAUAAAAGAGAAGAUCUCACACACGAGAAGAACCGUACAGUAAUAAUGUUAUCAUGUUCACAGCAGGUUGACAAUCUGUCAGUUAAAAUGAUGAAAUAUAUUUAUAUAGUAGAAUAGAUGGUAUUAUUCCAAACCUUUCUUCAGAUGUAAUAAUUGUUGGUACAGUAGGUUUGUAAUCUGCCCUUAAGACAACUUCCCUCUGUUGACCUACUCUAACACUUUCAUUUCAUGUUUUGAAAUAUUACAAUACAAUACUUUACAAAGUAAAAUACAAAGAGAAUUAAA